AAAUUUUGCCCAAUAUGAAUGGUAUCCGAAACGCUGAUAACUGAUUUACCGCUAAUAACGGAUUCAGUGUCAACGAAAUCGACGACGGCGGCAAAGCGAUCGGUACCGACGGACGCGCCGAUGUUGAACUACAUAUUCGAUGCGCACAGCACGCUGAACAAGCAUCAACAUCAUCACGAUCAUCGGUGGGGCCCUCAUUUCGAGGGCGAGAGCAAGAACAUGACCGUGCAGGCUGGCGGCAGCGCCAUACUCGACUGCAGGAUAUCCCUGCUACAGGAUAAAACCGUGUCAUGGGUACGUAGACAGGACAACGGGGAAAAGGUGAAUCUGCUCACGGUGGAGCAUCAGACGUACAUCGGUGAUCCGAGGUACACGGUGAAGUUCCAAUACCCGGAUAAUUGGCGUCUGCAAAUCGAGCCGGUGAACAGUAGCGACGAGGGUCAGUACGAGUGCCAAGUCAGCACUCAUCCGCCCAAGUAUAUUCACGUGAAUCUUCACAUCAACGCACCGUCCGUCCAAAUAGUGGACGCCCUGGGUGAACCGCUGAGAGACAAGUACUACGAGGCUGACAGCACCAUCGAGCUAUUAUGCGUGGUGCGUCACAUAGCCAUGCAAGUUCAGUACAGUGUCGUCCAGUGGCUUCACGGCAACAGAGUUCUCAACUAUGAUACAACGAGAGGCGGUAUCAG